UUGUUUCCUUCUUUUUUAGGGCGUGUGUUGAAAUCCUUGAGAGUCUUUCCGUGUUGCGGAGCGAUCAUAGGAGCCAGAUCGCAUUUCUUGCAAGCGGCAGUGGAUGAUUCCCUUACUCUUUCCUUUUCUUCCUCUUUUUGGCCGAUCUUGAGCUUUUUUAGCUCGCAAGACGCGAUUUUCCUGCCCUUGCCCGGAGGAAAGGAUCAAGAUGAGCUCCGGAUUCCCGCGACGCGCCUGGCAGGAGCGCUGUGGAUCGAAAAUCCGCCCGGAGCGUUCUUGAAUCUUGUCGCGGCGCUAGUAGCAUUCGUCUCGAGGACGCUCAUCGCCAAUGAGGACGAGAAGGGGGAACUAUCCAUCGCCGACGGACGGCAUAAUCUUUAGCAUCAAGCCAUACUCUCACAAGCGCCAGCGCCAGGGAUCCUUCGACGCCGCCGAGCGGCCAUGCAAGUUCUCGCGCGUCGCCGGAUCCUCCAGGAAAUCCACCACUCCAUGCGCCUUCGAUUUUGUCCCAGACGAUCUCCUUGUCGACAUCGCCAUGGCGCUGGUCUCCACCGCCUCGUCGCCGGCCGAUCUCUUCAACAUGAUGCUCAUAUGCCGGAGAUUCUGCGCCGCCGCGACGCAUCCACAGGUCUUGGCCAGAGUAUCGCCUCAAGCAUUCGCUGUCAAGGCUGGGAGCUGGUCCGCGGGAUCGCAUCGAUUCCUCAAGCAAUGCGCCGACGUCGGCAAUGUGGAAGCGCUCUACACGCUGGGAAUGAUUCGCUUCUACUGCUUGAACAACAGCAGCGGCGCCUCAUUGAUGGCCAAGGCGGCGGUGGCGUCGCACGCCGCGGCGCUCCACUCCCUGGCGGUGAUUCACUUCAAUGGUAGCGGCGGGCGGCGAAAGGACAAGAACCUCAAAGCCGGGGUGGCGCUGUGCAUGCGAGCGGCGUCGCUGGGUCACGUCGACGCCAUCCGCGAGCUCGGGCACUGCCUCCAGGACGGCUAUGGAGUUGUGAAGAACGUACUCCAGGGGCGGCGGCUGCUGCUCGAGGCCAACGCCCGGGAGGCGGCGGCGGCGGUGGCGGCCGCCUUCCCCAAGAACCUCAUGGAGCUGGCGCUCAAGCGGACUUCUCGGACAGGCUGCGCCAGCUGCCCGCAUCACAGGUUCUUCACGCUGCCGCCGUCGACCAAGGCGGACAUCUUCCAAAAGGCGGUCUUGGACAGCGCUGGGAUCGUCGCUGGUGGUGGUGGUGGUGGUGGAGGUGGUGGUGGUGGCGCUGGCGGCGGCGCCACCAAUGCGAGUGCAGCAAAUGCCAUGGAGCGGCACCCGGUGUUCAAGCUGCUCCAAAACGGUGGCUGCGCGCUGCUGAGCGACUUCGGCUGCAACGUGCCCCCGGCCAAGGUGCACGUCGCCAACAAGUUUCUGGUGGAGUGGUUUGCGCUGCACCCGACGUCGGCGGCGGGGCUGCGCCUGUGCUCGCAUGCAAACUGCGGGCGGCCCGAGACGAGGCGGCACGAGUUCCGGCGCUGCUCGGCGUGCGGCCGCGUCAACUACUGCUCGCGGGCGUGCCAGGCAUUGGACUGGAAGCUGCGGCACAAGUACCAUUGCAUCCCGGUGGCCGACUGGGAGAACCGGGAGGACAGGCAAUUGGACGGGGAGGAGAACCAGCGCGGUGGCGACGAGGCGGAGGAGGAGGAAGACGAGGAGGAUGGCGAUGACGACGAGAUGGAGAUUGGUCGCCAGGAUAAUCAACAGCCAGGGGAGGAGAGUCACGCGUACGAUCUAGGAGGUGAGGAUCACAGGUGAGACGAGCGAGAGAUUGAGAUCGAGAGAGAGAGAGAAGUGGGUUUUUUGGUUCUUCCCAUCUUCUUCCUCCUCCUCUGUUAGCUCUCGAGGCACGCACGCACGCACACAACAAACUCGACACACAGAUUGGAUCGCCAUCGCCAUCGUCGUCAUCGUCAUCGACAAGAAGAGACGAUCGAUGGGGGGAAUUUUUUUUUGCUCUCCCUCACACAUGGAAACCGGGGAGGCGAGAGUUUUGUGUGUGGAUGGAUCCGUUAGUUGGGACUCUCGCCAAAGCGGUUAUAGAGAAGAGAGAGAGAGAGAAGAGCUCUCUCUUGUUAGUCCAAAAGGAGGAGGCUAGCUCACACAAGCUCACAAGUUUGUUCUUUUCUCUUUGUGGUGUGAAGAAAAACAGUUUUUUCUCG